AUGGCCGCACGAAGUGCCGCCGAGGAGAUGGAGAGGCUCCAGCUCUCCGACGAGGAUACCGAAGAUCUAUGGGACUUUCCGUCCAAAAGGCGGGUGAAGACAGGCUUCAAUCAGAGAUCGUCCGACCAGGUUCCCCCGGCAGAGUCGCAAGCGCCCCACGGUGGCGGGGAUACACUUUUUGAUCGAGAAGAAGCGCGCGAAGCAGCUCUCCAGAAUGAAUUGCAAUCUGUGCGGAACAUCAACGAGGUCCUUGAAGGCCUUUUGAGUAGUAUUGACCGCGCCAAGGGAAAUAUGGCGACCGUCUCCAACACAGUUGCAUCCGCAUCAACUCUCCUCAACACCUGGACCCGUAUUCUAUCCCAAACCGAACACAAUCAGCGAUUGAUCCUCAAUCCCAACUGGCAAGGUGCUACUCAAGAUGUUGCCGAUAAUGAGAACGAGGCUAUUCAAAGACAACAAGCGGCUGAACGGCGUGAACAAGCUCUCCAACAACAGCGAGAAGCAGCGGCCCGCAAAGCCGAGGAAGAUGAGAGACGACGGGCCUUGAACACUAGAGGUGGUAGAGGCACUGGUCGAGGCACAGUCCGAAGCACCGGUCUCGGAAGAACGCCGAGUGUAAGCACCAGCCGCACCGGAGCUCGUGGAUCAUCAACGACGACCCGGCGACCAGACGAAUCGCCCGAGAUCGAGCGGGCACUGUCCCCUCCGAACGCGGAUACCCGUAUUAAGUCCCCCGGUCUACGCUCGCCGCGAGCCUCUGCCGACCUCCCGUCUCCGAGCCACUUCGCCGGUCAUGGUCACAGCAACACGGGCUUUGGAAGAGAUGUGGAAGGUGGUCAUGUGAGUUUGGGCGCCUUUGAGACCAGCUUGCCUAUUCGGAUGGAUGUUGAGGCUAUGUUGGCCUAUCUGCUGCUUCCUCCGGCUGGAGGUGUGCUUUUGCUGUUGAUGGAGCACAAGAGCGACUACGUCCGAUUCCACGCGUGGCAGUCGAGUUUGCUAUUUUCCGUCCUUUUUGUCAUCCAUCUCAUGUUCGCCUGGAGCAGUUUCCUCUCUUGGACUCUUCUUAUCAUUGACAUCGGUCUCAUCGGAUUUCUCGGCUUGCAUGCUUAUCAUGACGUGGAUACCCUUGAUCAUUUCGAAAUCCCCUUCUUUGGGCGCCUUGCGAAUUCUUUCGUGGAUAAUGAAUGA